AUGGCAUGGCUGCUUGGCCUUUCGUUAUAUAAUUUGCUAUUUAAACAUAAUUUUUACUCUUUCCUUUUUUCUCCUUUUUCAGUGACAAUGACAAAUAUUGGAGAAAAAGCUGUGUGCCUGGUUACUUACCACAUAUUUUUCAUGCUGUUCAUCUGGUCAUACUGGAAAACAAUCUUUACACUACCAAUGAAUCCUUCAAAAGAAUUUCAUCUAUCAUAUUCAGACAAGGAAUCUCUAGAGCAGGAGCCUAGAGGUGAAUCCCAGCAAGAAGUCUUAAGACGGGCAGCCAAGGAUCUUCCUAUCUAUACACGGACAAUGUCUGGAGCAAUCAGAUACUGUGACAGAUGCCAUCUUGUAAAACCAGAUCGUUGCCAUCACUGUUCUGUAUGUGACAAAUGCAUUUUGAAAAUGGAUCAUCAUUGCCCGUGGGUGAACAACUGUGUAGGAUUCUCCAAUUACAAAUUUUUUCUUCUCUUCUUGGCUUACUCUCUACUGUAUUGCCUCUUUAUUGCUGCAACAGAUUUACAGUAUUUUAUCAAGUUUUGGACAAAUGGCCUUCCUGAUACUCAAGCCAAGUUCCACAUCAUGUUUUUAUUCUUUGCUGCAGCUAUGUUUUCUGUCAGUCUGUCUUCUCUCUUUGGGUAUCACUGUUGGCUUGUCAGCAAGAAUAAGUCUACAUUAGAGGUAUUCAGAGCUCCCAUAUUUCGUCAUAGAACAGACAAGAACGGCUUUAGCUUGGGCUUCAGCAAAAACCUGAGGCAGGUGUUUGGUGAUGAGAAGAAAUACUGGUUGCUGCCUGUGUUUUCAAGUCUAGGGGAUGGUUGUUCCUUCCCAACUUGCCUUGUUAAUCAGGAUUCUGAGCAAGCUUCCACACCUGGUGGUCUCAAUUCAGCAUCCAAAAA